AUCAGCACGCAGGUGCGCUCCGACUCAGACUGACUGUGAUCCCAGGAUCCUUCAGGGGCUUCUGCGCUCAGUUAUAAGGACUCCACAAAUAAGUAGUUCUCGUUUCUCAGCCCUGUUCUGUUUUUAAUGCGUUUCAUUGACUGGUGUAUAUAUCAGUGCUGGAUCUCAUGCUGUUUGAUUCCAGUUGGCUGUGAUUUAUAUUUGGGCAUGUGACUGUUGGACAGCAGGAGUGUUAAAGCCAGAAGACGUUCCAGAUUGCUGCACUUUCUCUUUAAUAUUUUACCCAUGAGUGGUGCAUUGUUUUUCUCAUCUGAAGACAGGAUGAACAACAUUUGGCUCUUGCUGUCCUUCUCGCUGUCUGUGAGGAUGUGCCUUUAAAACGCAGUUUUAUAUUUGGAGCAGUAGAUUAUAAUUUUGACUAUGGAUAGUGAAACAAACCCUGAUCAAGAAAUUAGUGAGGAUUUGAGCACACCGGACAGUUUUUCGCAUGUAUGGGCAGACCUUAUGAAUAUCUUGGAUGGCUCUCUGGGUAACAUUGAGGAUCUGGCCCAAGAGUACUCGGAGUAUUACAGCACGUCCUACAGCGAAGUGUGUGACAGAAUGGAGGAGUUACGCAAACGCAGAGUCACUCAAGAAGCAGAGACGGGAAAGGCUGAAUCAACAACAUCCCUUCAGCUGCGGUUGGAAAUCCAGGAGUCACUGGGUCUGUCUAGCGCCGUGUCCACACCUGAGGUGGAGAGAAGGCAAUCAAUGAACAAGUCCAGCUCUGAAGAUGGAUCUGCAGGAAAAUGGGACAGAAAGAAAAACAAAUCGUUCUGGCAAAACUUCCGCAAGACUCAGAAAGGGAGCGUUCGAGCGACACCGAAAGGAGAGGAUCUGGGCUUCGUGGCCAGUGAGAUCACGAUGAGUGAUGAAGAACGCAUCCAGCUGAUGAUGAUGGUGAAGGAGAAGAUGAUCACGGUGGAGGAGGCUCUGGCUCGGCUGAAGGAGUUUGAAACACAGAACAAGCAGUCCAACAGUGCGGACAUGACCAACUGGACCGACACACCCAGUCCCUCUAUGACUGAAUCCUCCUACUGUAACUCGAGAGAACAGUCGGAAGAUGAGCUGGAAGAGUCCGUCACCUUUCGUCGACUUCAUAAACUUGUCAAUUCAACUCGACGUGUGAGAAAGAAACUUAUUAGAAUUGAUGAGGCCAAAAAACAUGGCUCAAAAGACCCUGUGAGUCCUGAAGUGCUCCUGUCGGGCGAGGAGGGCGUCUCUCUGUACUCUGGGGUGCACAAACGUCUCGCCGUGUCCCAGGGUGACGGUCUGAGCUCUGUGCUUCAUGAACAGCUGUCUCUGGACAGAGACUCUGACAGUCUGACCACGUCUCCCUCCUCCAGCAGCUUGGACACCUACAGCAGCCACAAGCUCUUCAAGGCCUUCAAUAAGUCCAGCAGCAGUCAGGGGCUGGAGCCCUCGAUGGGACCCGGUGGAGCGGUUUCUGGGCUGGACGCAGGCAGCGGAUCCUCCUUCUCUGAGGCAGACAGUGAGGUCGAGCCCAGGUUGUCCCGCUCCGUGACGGAUGGGGAGAUGAGACGAGCCCUGAGCCCUUCUAACUACCAUGGAAGGACCUGCAGCUUUGGAGGAUUUGAUCUCACAAACCGAUCUGUGUACAUGAGCAACAGUAGCUGUGACCCUACAAAUAAAAACGGUGAUAUCAGCAUGAGAGACGCAUCCAGAUCUCCAACACCUUCCCGUAUCUCUCUGGGGAAGAAAGUGAAAUCUGUUAAAGAGACCAUGAGGAAACGCAUAUCCAAGAAAUAUCAUUCCUCUCCAUCGGAGCAGUCAAGCCCGAGCCGAGCUCCCAGCAGCCCACAGUCUCCUCACACAGACACAGACUCUCUGGAGAAACCCAAGCUCAAGGCCGGAGGAUCAGUGGAGAGUUUGAGGAGUUCCCUCAGCGGACAGAGCUCCAUGAGCGGUCAGACGGUCAGCACCACAGACUCGUCCACCAGUAACCGUGAGAGUGUGAAAUCAGAGGACGGUGAUGAAGACGAGCUGCCCUACAGAGGGCCUUUCUGUGGCCGAGCUCUGGUUCACACAGACUUCACCCCGAGCCCAUAUGACACCGACUCCCUCAAGCUCAAGAGAGGAGACCUGAUCGACAUCAUCAGUAAGCCGCCCAUGGGCACGUGGAUGGGGCUCCUCAAUAACAAGGUGGGAACAUUUAAGUUCAUCUACGUGGACGUGCUGAACGAGGAAGAGGAGAAACCCAAACGCAGCGUGAAGAAGAGGAGGAAAAGUCGCCCUCCUAAACCGACCUCUGUAGAGGAGCUUCUGGAGCGCAUCAAUCUCAAAGAGCACAUGCCUACGUUCCUGUUCAAUGGUUAUGAGGAUCUGGACACGUUUAAACUGUUGGAGGAGGAAGAUCUGGACGAGCUGAACAUCAGAGAUCCUCAACACAGAGCCGUGCUGCUCACCGCCGUCGAGCUGCUGCAGGAGUGUGACAGUAACAGUGACCCGGAGCGCGAGGGAUCAUCCGGAGACUCCCAGGAGAAGCUUCUGUCAGAGAGCAGCGUGCCGCCAGCGGACUCUCCUCGUGACUCGGGCUGCUACGAGAGCAGCGAGAACCUGGAGAACGGCAAAGGCAAAAAGACGUCUCAUUUAAGCAGGUCCUCAUCAGGCUUUGAGUCCAGCCAUCUCUCCUCCCCUGAGUUUCCCAUCCCACCCCUCUGCCAUUCCAGCAGGUUAAACCCACAAACCAGACAGGACAGUCCACUUCCACUGCAGAUCGACUCCAUCAAGAGUCUUCAUCUGAGGAGAAACCACGCCAUGUUCAGAGGAAGAUUCCUGAGUCGCAGUUGUGGCACGCUGGAUCAGCCGUCUACUCAAACCGAGCUUAGGAAACUUUGCUUCUCAGUAGAGGAACUUCAUCUGCGAAGUCCUGAGAGAAAGCAGCCGGACAGCUCAGAGAUGGUGUCCAACAGUACUGAGGAGAAUCCAGGUGAAGGUCAGGAGAAUCUUCUCACACCUGAUGAGUCUGAAGAGAUUGGAAACGGAGCUCAGUCGUCCUCCAGCGUUUCAGUGGUGGAGUAUGAUGAGGUGCCUGCAGAUGAUCUUCCUCCAAGCACACAGCGCAUGAAACCACCAGUUCCUCCGAAACCUCUUCCACUGCCUUCACUGAAGGGCUUUGACGCUGGCUUCGGGAGAAAGGACGUUCAUACAAGCACAACUAAGUCAAACUCCUGUCCGGAAGUUCCCAGGAUCUCCAAGUCGCUCAUUUACAGACCUGCAAAGAAAGUUCACUCUGGGAAAACACCCUACCUGGAGACUGUAGUGAAGGAAAAGUUGUGCUCUGAUGGCAUCGACCUCACAGAAGAGCCAUAUUCUGACAAGCAUGGCCGUUAUGGAGUGCCGUUCUCUCUGGUCCAGAGAUAUUCUGAAGAUCUGGACAAACCUUUGGGUGACAUUGCCAUUGUGAUGGAUCAGACGAGAGUCCACCAGCUUCUGAAGCAGCAUCGUAUAGCGAUCCCACUGAGAAGUUUGUCAGAGAUAUGUGUGAUUCCUUGAGCACGUCAUAAUAGAUUUCAGAACUGUGGGAGCAGCUUUGGAGAGCGACAGAUGAUCGAAAGCACAUAACAUAUCCAGCUUAAAAACACUGCUGAACUGAUUCCUGAUGAAUCCAAACUGACAAGGGCUGGAAUGAUAAUGGAAUUUUACUUGCUUCUGAUUCAGCCGAAUGUUUUUCCAGCUAGAAUUUGUCCUUACCUGACUUAUUCUGUCCUUUUAGGGUUUAGACAGCGCAGUAGAAACUGAAAUAGUUUGACUUUCCUAUGUGGCUGUGUUUUGAAUGAAGUCACUGAUGAGUGAUUUGCUUUGAAUCAGCUUUUGAUUUCAGUCUGUAAUGGUUUAAAUGUUAAGCAACUCUCUUUAGGAGUUUGUGCGAACCAUAAAUGUUGCCUUUGAAAAUGUACAUAUAAUAGUGACUCUGCGUGGAAAUCUACAUUUGUUGUAAUAUGUUUUGAAUAGACCGUUAUCAUCAUCAUCAUCAUUUUUUUUUCUUUUUUCAAAAGAAGCAGUUUUUUGUUAUUAUUUUCAUAAAUAUAUGAAAAAAAUCUGCCGAGACUAAAAAGCAUGUUUUCUGUAUGCCGCUUUGUCUUAUAUUUUCAGUAAUGUUCAAAUCAAUUUCAAAGCAUAUUUAUUUCCUGCUGUAAUAUAGGAUUUAUUUUCUUGUAACAUUUAUCAUACCUAUUUUAAUCUAUAACAUUCUGUUCUGAAAUAAAGAAGGCUUCUGUUAUUUUAUGGA